CUGCUGAAGGUAAACAUAUGGACGAAGCAGCGAUUUGCGGUAAAAAUAUGAAAACUGUGUUCGAGCGGCGCGGAUUAAAGCGACGAAAAUGUCCGGACAGAAGAGAAGAUAUAACGUACGCUUCCCUGCUAGGCGCAUCAGAAAAAUCAUGCAGAAGGACGCUGAGGUGGGCCGGAUGGCGAUGGCAGUUCCUGUAAUCAUAUCUCGGGCCUUGGAGAUAUUCCUGAAGUCUCUGCUGACCAAAACCUGCGUGAUUACAGAGUCCAAGCUCAGCGCUGUUGUGUCUGUGGCUCACAUGAAGCAAUGCAUAGAGUCAGAAAAGCUCUUCCAUUUUCUCAAAGACUUGGUAGCACAAACCACGCCUACAAGCCAGAAGGACAACAGAAGCAUGAGUAUGUGGCCUUUAUACAGGAACAAACAGCAUGAAGUUUCUGUUAAAAAACCACCUGAAGUGGAGGAAAUGGCUCCGCAAGGUAGCCUCGACUCACUUGACAACGACUCGAGUGCCAGCGAGUCGGAGCUCUACAUCUGCUUAUGACUGUGCAACCAGCGGAAGCCGCUGUGAAGUCACAGCAGCGCCUCAUUUCAUUAUGUCUCCUUACAUUUGUCUUUUGUCUCUGCUGUCCUGGAUUUUGGUCACAAAUAAGUGAGGCUAAGUAAUCGCAAUACUUCAGCUGACGUCUACGUACAAGUUGUUUCGUUAGCUCAAGUCCAGCUUUUGGGUAAAUAAAGAGUUCCUUUUCUUGGGAGGAUAAGGGAUCUUUGUUUGGAGCAGAUAUAUUUUAGGAUCACUUGAAUCUUUUGUGGAAGUUUGCACUGAGUUGUAGAUUUUUUUUUUUCCUUCUUCUUGCUGAUUAGGAAAUUGUGUUUGUAGAGCAGUACAUGCUUGAAUAAUGAUGCUAUUUAGAUUACAAUAUUGAGUUUUGAGAUUAUUCUGGAACACUUUUAGACAGUGUGCAGCUCUUUUUUUUUUUUAACUGUAUUUUGAAGAUGUAUAUUCUUUGAUACAAAUUAGAUGCUUUCAGUGUAUUACUUUAUUUUUUGCUUGUUUUUGUUUUCCGGUAGGAUGUGCAGCAAUCUUUAAAACCAAACUAAGUGCUUAUUUUAAGAAAUAGUGGCCUUUGUGGUGUCUAUUUUUAGAGCACUUGUAAAUUAAAAGUUUUAAAGAUUUUUGCAUAUAUGAAAAUAAAUAACUUAUGUAAAUAAAUAAUUGGAAUCUCCAGAUAGUUCGGAUGUAAAGAAGUUGAAUAAAAACAAGUCGCAAGCAUAUAGG